AUGCGCGUGGUUGGGCCUGCAGGCAUGGCGCCCUCGCAAGGUGCUUACCCGGUACUACUGCUGCUGCUGCUGGUUCACCGCUCCCUCCGCCAUCCUUCCCGGCCGGAAUGGCAAGCCUCCUGCCCUGAUCCCAGCCCCAACUCCCCUGCUGCAGCCAGUUGCACCAAUCAUUGCCUUCCAACGACCCCGGAUGCUUGGGUGGGAUUGCAGAGCGGGCCUUCUAGCGACCUCCUAGAAAAAGGUUCCUGGCGGUGGACAAUCGCUGCAGCCAUCCCCGUCCAUGACACGCAGCAGCCUAUCCUUCCUGGUGCGCUCGCAACUGUUCUAAUUCUGGGCCGUGUUACUGAACGCCAAAUCCCGAUAUCCACUCGACCCCGCGAGCACGACGAGGUCACAGAGGCGAGAGGGACAGCGAACUCCCAAGCACACCCACCGGGCCCGCGCUCGGCUAACUCCGGGGUGGCCCAUCUCCUCCAGCUCGUUACACUGGCUGCGAAAUGGACCUGGUCGCGCACCGGAUUCGGGAAAAGCUCCUGGGGUGCCCAUUCGAGGACACCCGCCUGCCAGACCUUCCCAGGCCGAACCUGCCACGCCCGCCGUGCUCGUCUCCCAAUGGCGGCGACGUCGGACAAGGCGUCCCGCGCGGGCUCGCUCGACGGUCGACGCGCGCUUUGUCCGGCCAACGGGCCUUCUGCACGAGGAGCAUGGUUUAAACGAGCCAAAUUGAGCCUGUCGGGCUUCAGUCCCCCCGUGGGUGGAACUCGAAUUCGCCCUGCUCCAGCGAACUAG